AUGUCUCGCCGACCUCCCAAGGGCGAGUACAUCGAGACCGACACUGGUAACAAGGUCGCUCGCAAAGCUGUCCUCGUCGGUACUCAAAACAUCAUGCUCGGCGGCAAGACCGUCAUCCAACCUGAAGUCAUGAUCCGCGGUGAUCUCGCUCGAACAGCCACAUCGUCAUCCUCUGGCACCGCGCCAGCGAACAACACAGCCGUCGCCAUCGGCCGAUACUGCUUCCUGGCUCGAGGUGUCCUGCUGCGUCCACCGGGCCGCAUAUACAAGGGCGCAUUCACAUACAUGCCACUGCGCAUAGGAGACCACGUCUUUGUUGGCCAAGGGACAGUAGUGCAAGCUGCAGCUGUGGGCAAUCAUGUGCAGAUCGGAAAGGGGUGUACGAUUGGAGAAUUUGCUAUCCUAAAGGACUACGUCAAGGUGUUGGAUGGGACGGUUGUGCCGCCGAGUAUGGUCAUUCCAAGCUUUUCUAUCGUUGCGGGACAACCAGCUCAGGUCAUUGGGGAGAUCCCUGAGGGAGGUUAUGAUGAGUUUGAGUUGAGGGAUAUGUACAAGACGGUGGGAAAUAAUCCCCAUCCUCCAGCGUCAUGA